AUGGAGCAGCAGGAACGUGUUGCUGUGUACGAGGUAUUCAUGGAGCAGCAGGAACGUGUUGCUGUGUGCGAGGUAUUCAUGGAGCAGCAGGAACGUGUUGCUGUGUGCGAGGUAUUCAUGGAGCAGCAGGAACAUGUGUUGCUGUCAGGAACAUGUGUUGCUGUGUACGAGGUAUUCAUGGAGCAGCAGGAACAUGUUGCUGUGUACGAGGUAUUCAUGGAGCAGCAGGAACAUGUUGCUGUGUGCGAGGUAUUCAUGGAGCAGCAGGAACAUGUGUUGCUGUAUGUUCCGGAGGAGUCAGAGCUGAAGCUGGAGGAGGACCACCCAGAGCAGGAGUCAGAGCUGAAGCUGGAGGAGGACCACCCAGAACAGGAGUCAGAGCUGAAGCUGGAGGAGGACCACCCAGAACAGGAGUCAGAGCUUAAGCUGCAGGAGGACCACCCAGAACAGGAGUCUGAGCUGAAGCUGCAGGAGGACCACCCAGAACAGGAGUCUGAGCUGAAGCUGCAGGAGGACCACCCAGAGCAGGAGUCAGAGCUGAAGCUGGAGGACCACCACCCAGAGCAGGAGUCAGAGCUGAAGCUGGAGGAGGACCACCCAGAGCAGGAGUCAGAGCUGAAGCUGCAGGAGGACCACCCAGAGCAGGAGUCAGAGCUGAAGCUGGAGGAGGACCACCCAGAACAGGAGUCAGAGCUGAAGCUGCAGGAGGACCACCCAGAGCAGGAGUCAGAGCUGAAGCUGGAGGACCACCCAGAGCAGGAGUCAGAGCUGAAGCUGGAGGAGGACCACCCAGAGCAGGAGUCAGAGCUGAAGCUGGAGGAGGACCACCCAGAGCAGGAGUCAGAGCUGAAGCUGGAGGAGGACCACCCAGAGCAGGAGUCAGAGCUGAAGCUGGAGGAGGACCACCCAGAGCAGGAGUCUGAGCUGAAGCUGCAGGAGGACCACCCAGAGCAGGAGUCAGAGCUGAAGCUGCAGGAGGACCACCCAGAGUAGGAGUCAGAGCUGAAGCUGGAGGAGGACCACCCAGAGCAGGAGUCAGAGCUGAAGCUGGAGGAGGACCACCCAGAGCAGGAGUCAGAGCUGAAGCUGGAGGAGGACCACCCAGAGCAGGAGUCAGAGCUGAAGCUGGAGGAGGACCACCCAGAGCAGGAGUCAGAGCUGAAGCUGGAGGAGGACCACCCAGAGCAGGAGUCAGAGCUGAAGCUGCAGGAGGACCACCCAGAGCAGGAGUCUGAGCUGAAGCUGCAGGAGGACCACCCAGAGCAGGAGUCUGAGCUGAAGCUGCAGGAGGACCACCCAGAACAGGAGUCAGAGCUGAAGCUGCAGGAGGACCACCCAGAACAGGAGUCAGAGCUGAAGCUGCAGGAGGACCACCCAGAGCAGGAGUCAGAGCUGAAGCUGGAGGAGGACCACCCAGAGCAGGAGUCAGAGCUGAAGCUGGAGGAGGACCACCCAGAACAGGAGUCAGAGCUGAAGCUGGAGGAGGACCACCCAGAACAGGAGUCAGAGCUGAAGCUGGAGGAGGACCACCCAGAACAGGAGUCAGAGCUGAAGCUGGAGGAGGACCACCCAGAACAGGAGUCAGAGCUGAAGCUGGAGGAGGACCACCCAGAACAGGAGUCAGAGCUGAAGCUGGAGGAGGACCACCCAGAACAGGAGUCAGAGCUGAAGCUGGAGGAGGACCACCCAGAACAGGAGUCUGAGCUGAAGCUGCAGGAGGACCACCCAGAGCAGGAGUCUGAGCUGAAGCUGGAGGACCACCCAGAGCAGGAGUCUGAGCUGAAGCUGGAGGAGGACCACCCAGAGCAGGAGUCUGAGCUGAAGCUGGAGGAGGACCACCCAGAGCAGGAGUCAGAGCUGAAGCUGGAGGAGGACCACCCAGAGCAGGAGUCAGAGCUGAAGCUGGAGGAGGACCACCCAGAGCAGGAGUCAGAGCUGAAGCUGGAGGAGGACCACCCAGAGCAGGAGUCAGAGCUGAAGCUGGAGGAGGACCACCCAGAGCAGGAGUCAGAGCUGAAGCUGCAGGAGGACCACCCAGAGCAGGAGUCAGAGCUGAAGCUGCAGGAGGACCACCCAGAGCAGGAAAUCACAAUUGGUCAGAUCAGCUUGUCAAUGGCUGACAAUAACCAGACCCUCGCCCAACCGAAAAGGGGAGGAGGGAACUGUGGGAGUUUUGACACCUCCAUGCCCAUCGUAAAUUAA